UCGGCGGGUACGCGUACUUGAGAAUUGAGAAACGCCCAAGGUCACGGCCUUGACCCUUACAAAGCGGGACUUCCUGUAGUAUAAAAGUGGGCUUGCUUCUUGCACCUGAUCUGAGAGACCGGGUGCGGGUAGUGGUGCUGACAUAAGUGGGGUGAUGGCCUCUCCAUCAAAUUCCAAGAAAAAUAACAGAAAAAGUGCCAUCAGAGAGCAUACAUGGCUGACCAACUACAUGGGAUUCCUUAACCACGUGAGAAAACAGGGCAGCCUCUGUGAUGUGACCCUUGUGGUUCAGGGAAAACGCUUUGCAGCACACAGAGCAGUGCUAGCUGCAGCCAGCCAUGUCUUCAGACUUAUGUUCACCAGUAAGGACAGAAUGAAGGAGUCGGUGUCUCCCGAGGUGGAGCUCAGGAGUGUUGAGCCUGAGAUCCUUGAGCUGUUGCUUGAAUAUAUUUAUACCUCACAAAUCACAGUGGACAGUACUAAUGCCGAGUCAUUGCUGAAUGUGGCCAACCAGUACCAGAUUGAACCAGUGAAGAUGAUGUGUGUGAAGUUCAUUUUUGGACAGAUCGAUUCAACAAACUGCCUGGGUAUUUCAGUACUUGCAGACCGCAUGAACUGUCCAGAGCUGAAGGCAGCAGCAGAGGAGUUUUCCUAUCUCCACUUUACUGAUGUCUGCAGACUGGAUGAAUUUCUACAUCUGGACAUUGCACAGCUCACACAUCUACUGCACCAGGACAAACUCACUGUCUAUUGUGAGACACAGGUUUAUGAUGCUGCAGUGCGCUGGCUAAAGUAUAACAUCUCAAGUAGACAACAGCAUAUUGUGGAUGUUUUGAGGUGCGUUCGCCUACCUCUGGUCCCCAAAACCUUCCUGUCAGAAACUGUAAAGAUUGAGCCGCUCUUCCAGGACAACCCACACUGUUUCCAGAUGAUCACCUGUGCAAUGUGGGACCUUGGAGAGGUCAGCCAACCACGUCGCAAGAAGUAUGACAACUGCAUUGGUCUGUUUGAUGGUAACCACUGCUACUACUUUGACCCCAAGGAUUACAGCUGGAUGAGCAUCAACCUCAAACUGUCAAAACGCCAGAAUACCACAGCUGUCCUCUGGAAUAGGGUGGGGUGCAUUUUAGGUGGCUCACACAGCUUUCACAUCAAACACACAGACUUCUAUAACAUUCUGAGGAAUAGAUGCUCCAGGCCAGGGCCACCAACACCUCGUGAGAACAUGUCUGCGUGUGCUUUUGAGGGCAAGAUCUUCACAUCUGGAGGAUCAGAAGCGGGUGGGUCAGCUGUGGACCUCUUUGAAAGUUAUGACACAAUGACCGAGUCAUGGCAGGUCAACACCAGCAUGCUAGUGUCCCGCUCUAGUCAUGCCUCAGUGGAGGCCAAUGGGCUCAUUUAUGUUUGUGGAGGAAUGACUGGCAACGGUGUUUCUGGUAGAGUCCUAAGGAACUGUGAGGUCUAUGACCCCAGCACACAACAGUGGAGGAAAUUGCAUGAAAUGAGGGUUGCCAGGAAGAACCAUGGGCUAGUGGUUGUCGACAACAAGAUCUAUGCUGUUGGAGGCGAAGGGUCAACUGGUGGACUUGACUCAGUAGAAUACUAUGAUAUUACCGUUAACAAGUGGCAUGCUGCCUCAAGGAUGCCGUGGAGAAGCCUCACAGUGAAAUGUGUGGCUGUCGGUGACAUCAUUUUUGUGCUGGCAGGCAAGGGACUAGGGGCACAGUGCCUCAGAAAUGUCCUAGAAUACCACACAAAAACCAACAGGUGGGUAACAUCCAACGCUCAAGCUUUUUCUUCCACCAGCUGCAUUAUCUGCACGGUUGGUCCAUGAGAGUUCAUUGAAGGCAGCUGCAUACUGUUUUUAUUUGCCUCAUCCUCAUAGGACAAGAUAAACAUUUCAUUGUUAUGAUGCUUGUUUAAGACCCCUAGGAUUCCUGUAGUGGAAUAGUAAACUGAUUUACACAAGGACCUACUUCUGAAAGGGUUACUCAUUACAAUAGUUAAUGUGCAUGUUUACAGACUGGUUAUGUUCUUUUAACUUUGUUUAGCAGUAAAAAUUCUCUUGGUUGUAAAUGUUUGGCAGAUAUCUGCUGUGUUUUUAUUGAUUCAUUGCUAAUUUAAUAAAAGUGCUUUGCUAAUGAUUUGAAAUGUUCUUGUAGGAGGGUGUGUGUUUUUGUUUUGUUUGUUUGUUUUUUGUUUGGUUUUUUUUCCCCCCUCCCUGCUUUGCCUGUCAGAGAAUUUAAUCUUUGCAGAAGUUCCUCUCAUGUUUUAGCACGGAUCCAAAAUGGAUGCUGAAGAUUCCACUGUAAAAUCGGAUUAAUUACCCUUACUUUGAUAAAACAUGCAAACCAAUUUCCU